AUGCAAUCCAACAACAAUAACAACCUGAUCACAACACCUCCUUCUCAACCUCCAUUCAUCCGUAAGACUCACAUUCAAGAUCAAUCCGAUCAAGGCAAAUUUAUUCAACAACUCAUUCAAUCAGGAAUUCAUCAACAACAAGGUGAUCUUUCCUUGCUGCUUGAUCCAAUUACCAAUGUUCUGUCCGAGAGAGAUUCCGAUGGACAUUCACUCCUCCAUGCUGCAGCCUUUAUCGGAUCUGCAACUCUUGUAGACAAACUCUUUGAAAAGUUACAAUUCAAUCCCGAGAAGAUGAAAGAAUUUUGUAAUUUAACGACCGCCCAGGAUAAAAAGACAGCUUUAAUGAUUGCAUGUGAGCGAGGACAUUUGGAUGUAGUCAAGAAGCUCUAUGACUAUACGGAUAAGAAUGGAAAAGAAACCUUGUUUGCUCCCAUUCAUGUAGCUGCUAUUAAUGGACAAAAUAAGGUAUUGGAAUAUCUCGUGAAAGAAAAGGGUGAAAAUGUAGAUAGUCAACAAGAUGUUUAUGGAUACACUCCAUUGCAUUUGGCUGCUCAAUACGGACACGCAGAAACAGUUGCCUAUUUAAUUGAUGAAUUGAAUGCAAAUAAGAAUAUUCAAUGUACAACUGAGAGAAUGCUUCCCAUUCAUACAGCUAUUUUGAACAAUAACUUGGAAGUGUUGAAAGCACUCGUUCACAGACAUUCACAAGAUGUCAAGACAAGUAAUGCCAAAUUUUAUGAAACGCUCUCUAAUGAUCAUAUUCAUAUUAACCCUCUGUUGCUAGCUAUUGCAAAUUCACACGCUGAAGACGACAAGAAUGUAACACAUUCAGAGACCUUAAAAGCAUCUGCCGAAAUGGUUAAAUUUUUGGUCAAUGAGUUGAAUGCUGACUAUAGCCUUUCUGGAAAUAAUGGAAUCUCGGCUCUUCACAUGGCUGCUGAGACAGGAAAUUGUGAGUUGAUCAAAUUCUUUGUCACGGAAAAACAUGAAAAUGUGAAUCAAUUGACUGACAUCACAAAGGAUACUCCACUCUAUCUGGCCGUGAUUAACAAUCACUUAGAGGCAACGAAAUUGUUAUUGGAGCUGGGAGCUGAUAAGGACAUUGAGAAUUGGAGAGGCAACACACCGUUAUCUGUCGUGAAGAAUUUGGCAUCUAAAAAUGAUGACUACCAACCUCUUUAUGAAUUUUUACAGUCCCAAUAA